AUGCUGAGAACACUCUUCGUAAUCACAAUGAUUGCCGUAAUGGUCGACUACGCUCAACAGCAAUUCGUUGGCGGGCCAGGCGUUCAUUUGAUUUCUGUGCAACUAUCAUCGAUGGCAUUCAAGCGUGUUGGUUCGGAUUCAGCUCGAGAAUGCGAAUUCGAUCACGUCUUUGAACUUGUCUUAUGCGUACAACGGAAGCGGCCACCAAACUUUUCUGAAGAUUUUCUAGAGAGGCUACCGGUGCAUAACAACAGCCAAGGGUCGUCAACUGUCAUAUCAACUAUGAAUGAUAUGCUACCGCCGGGUCGAUCACUAGUGUUGACGCUUAUUACUGAACGGAAAUGGUUAGGAAAUAAUGCACUCGCUGGCAUUCCAUUUGACCAUAGAAAGCUGGUUUUUAAAUUUUCGGUAUGUCCAUUGCUUUCUUUAGCUAUUCGUUCUGAUCAAAUGCUAAGGACACUCUUCUUAACUACAAUGAUCGGCGUAAUGCUCAGCUACAGUCAACCGCCAUUUGGUGGCGGGCCAGAUUUCUACGUAAUUCUUCUGCAUACAAGUCACACCGAUUCAUUUCAUUUCUACGCCACCGCCACCAGUGGACAUUCCUGUGAGCACGUUCGAAAACACCUUGCGGAUUUGAUAUCUGGUCCAACCUCUUUCCAAUAUAAUGGUGCCGCUUGUGCUAUUGAAGAUGGAUUAGUUUCGAAGUAUACAAUCGAAGUUUACUACAAGCUGUAUGUUAAUGGACCAGCAAGGGAGUUCAUUGAGAUUCACAGGCCGCAAAUUCCCAAUUGGACGGGCAAUAAUCGAGGUCCAGGUAACCCAUGGCAAAGUGGGCCUGGAAGUCAAGGUGGCCCAUGGCAAGGAGGCCAAGGUCGCCCAUGGCAAGGAGGCCAAGGUGGGCCCUGGCAAGGUGGCCAGGGUGGCUCGGGACAAGGAGGUCAGGCUGGUCCGUGGCACGGAGGUCAGGGUGGGCCGUGGCAAGGAGGUCAGGCUGGUCCGUGGCACGGAGGUCAGAGUGGUCCGUGGCAAGGCGGUGGCCCAGGUACGUAA